ACCAAUAUAACAUAAACAAGAAGAUGAGAGAAUCGAAUAUGGUUGGUUCUGAUGAAUCCAAAUCCAAAUAUUCCAUAGUUUGUUGGUUGAUCUUGAUGGGAAUGGUUAUUGCAACAACAUUUACAGCAGCAGAGGAUUGUGAAACCGAUCUUCGUGGGCUUGAAAUAGAGUGCUUGUAUUACAUGCAUAAAGGAGAGCCUUCAACACUUAUGAACCCUAAUAAACGCUGCUGUGACGUCAUUCAACAAGCCAACCUUCCAUGCUGCUGCGCUAAUCUCAAUCGCAAAUUAUCUUACCCGCCUGGGUUUACAAUUGAAGAUUUGCUUGAUUGGGGGAAAGUGUUGCACACCUUGAACUUUUGUGGCAAACCUCUUGCUGUUGGUACCAAGUGUGGAAGUUUCAGUGUUCCACCAGGUCCACCACCAUAAAAGUAAUGGUAGAUGGCGUGGCUAGCUAUAAAGUGUAUGUUCCUUCAUUCUAGGAAGAGAUACAUAAAGAGUUUCAAGGUUAUGAAUUGUGUUUGAUAAUAAUAAAGUGUUUAUUAGUUCUGGAAUAUAUUCCGUUAUUUGAAGAUUUAGAAAUAAAAAAAGCAAUGCUACAAGUGAG